AUGGACUGGUUCUGGGUCCUGUUGAUCCUGGUGGGUCCGGUCCACAGCAGUGGCUCUGUGUCGUGGGACGAAGACAAGAGACAAGCGUUGUUCUCUGAUGACACCAUGAGGCCUCUGAUCUACUACUGCAGAUCCAGAAAUAUGGAGGACUUCAGCUGUUACUGGCAUCCGCUCGAGAAUCUGACUGAGAGAGAAGGAGUGAGAUAUGUGCUGAGCUACACUAAGGAUAAAGGUCCAGUCCUCGAGUGUCCAGACUAUGUGAGUUCUGGUCCUCACAGCUGUCACUUCAACAGCUCUCACACAAACAUCUGGAAGAUAUACUGCAUGAACGUUACCGCGGUAACACCCAUCGGCAACUACACCUCCCCUCAGCACUGUUUGGACGUGGCCGAGAUCGUGGAGACUGAGGCUCCAGUGAACCUGACCCAUGAGCUGCACCCCUCUGGUGGGUAUGAGAGCGGCCACAACUGCCUGAUUUCCUGGACGUACCCUCAGCCCAUAGACCUGCAGUUUGGAUGGAUCACUCUGGUCUACGAGCUGCGCUACCGACGUGCCGACGAGCAAGACAACUGGAAGGAGAAAACCUCUCUGUAUGAGCCUCAGGUGGAAUUGUUGGGUCUUCCUGCGGAGGACUUUGUGGUUCAGGUUCGAUGUCGCUCUCAUAACUACGGACGCUGGAGCCAGUGGAGUCUCCCCAUGUACAUGCGCAUCCCAGGCAGGCCGCCUACUGGGAAACUGCUGCUGCUGCUGCUGGUGACUGGAGUCAGUAUGGUGGUCCUGGUCGGGUUCUCACUGGGUCUGGUUCAGCAGAGCAAAAGAAUAAAAAAUUACUUCUUGCCUCCGAUUCCCAAACCCAGGAUCUUAGGAAUUGAUCCUCUUCUUCUCAAGAAGGGAAACCUGGAGGAGAUAAACCGUCACUUCUCUACAUUCCACGGCUACAGUCCUCCGAGCUACACCUUCACGGACGACGUCUGGGACCAGGUGAGCGCGGACGAAACCUUCCCGCUCUCUGCUCCCGCUCUGGCACCAGAACAUCUCCACACCAUCACGGAGAAACCCUCCAAACCUGGCAACAACCCAGACCCACACGUUAACAAGAAAGAGGCUCUGAUUAUCCCGUGUAACGUUGCUAAUGCUAUUGCUAAUGCUAAUCACGGGAGAUACGUUAGCGGCCCCUUUGCUUCCCCAGCUUCAGAUUUGGUUUUGCCAGUUCCUGGAUCAGAGUACAGUGUGAUGGGACAGACCGGCGUUACCGAAUUGCUGCAGAGUUCCCAGAUGAAGGCCAUCCCGGACUUCUACACCUGCGUCCAGAUGCUGCAAAACUCUGGGGAGGUGCAUCUGGUGCCCUGUUUGGCUCCGGCUUAUUGCAGCGCGUUCUCCACGUGGGACGAGAAGGCGAAGCAGAAGGAAGAGUUUGAAGGGAGGAAAAAUCAAGAUGGAGGAGAGGGGAAGAAGCAGGAAGUGAAGCAGGAAGUGAAGGAGGAAGUGAAGCAGGAAGUGAGGCCUGUGUCGGUUGUGGUUUAA